GUCUGUCUUUACCAACAAAACAUUUGACAAGUCUUCAAUCUAAAAGUUUACUUCCACUAGCACGCAAUGGCAGCUUUUUCAAUUUCAUGCGCUCAAUGGAAUCGGCUAUAUUUUCUUCGCAUCUUAACUGUUACGUCUCUAUACAACGCACAUUAUAGGAGUUAUGAGAAUUUGCCUUCUAAAUUACUAAGAAUGGUGGAAACGUUGGAUAGAAUUGGAUGACAGAAUUGGCGCCUUAGAAAUUUGUUGAUAGUGGUUAUGGAUUGGAUUAAGAGAGACGUUUGGGCUGAAUUAUUUCCACAUCGUGCCAAAAAGUGCUGAAUGCUUCACGAGUGCUGAUACAACAAUGUUAUAAAUAGAUUUUGUGAUAACAUUCACAUUGAUGUUUCACUCAGAAUUUAUAGAUUUGUAUUUAUCCAGGCGGGAGGAAGCUUUGGGCCGGCAUUGUAACAGUUGUUUAUUUAAGGACAGAUGGAAUAAAGAUUAGAAGAUUUCAUUCUGCUGAUUUAUAUUCACAAGUGUUUGGUUCUGAAUUCUAGUACAGUACAAAUCCUUUAAAAAGUGAGUACCAGAAGGUCGCAUUGAUCGUUUGGAGUGAACAAAAGUUCACAGAUAUUGGGUUCUGAGUUCUGUUUUUUCUGGAAAAAAUAGUUUUUUUAACACCAAAUUGAUUCAAACCAUCUAUAACCAGAAUGGGUGCUAUGAGAAAUUCCCAAUCAGUAAAGAGUGUGACUCAUAUUAUAUCUGUUAAGUUGCUAGUAGUAAUAUAUAUUAUUGCUGUUUCUGCAAUAAUGAUCGAUGCAGCAAGGGGGUCUAGAAGGAGAAGAACUAAGACCUCUACAACUGAUGAGCUGGUGGUGAAUUUGACUCUGGUGGAGAGAGCAGCAGAUAUAGGAGCUUUUUGUCUGGAUGGUAGUUUGCCAGCCUACCGUUUGGACAGGGGGCAUGGUUCAGGAGCAAAUAAUUGGAUCCUACAAUUUGAGGGCGGAGGAUGGUGUAAUGACUCAGAAUCCUGCAUUGCUAGGAAAACAACCCACAGGGGUUCAUCCAAUUACAUGCCCAAAUAUGCUACGUUUUCGGGCAUUUUAAGCAACAAACAAUACGAAAAUCCGGAUUUCUUUAAUUGGAAUAGGGUGAAACUUAUGUAUUGUGAUGGUGCCUCUUUUGCUGGGGAUUUAUAUGAUGAGGUAUCAGGUCUUUAUUUUAGAGGGCAAAGAAUUUGGCAUGCCAUGAUUGCUGACCUCCUAUCCAAAGGAAUGGAACAUGCGGAACAGGCUCUUCUGUCUGGUUGUUCAGCUGGGGGUUUAGCAACAUUCUUGCAUUGUGAUGAUUUUCGGGCUCUUCUACCAAGAACUGCAACUGUGAAAUGUCACAGUGAUGCUGGAUUUUUUCUCGAUUCGAAAGACAUAUCUGGAACCCAGCACAUAAGGUCUUUCUACAAUGCCACUGCUAAUUUACAGGGAGUAGAGAAGAACUUACCUCAAACAUGUACUAGCUCACAAUCAGAUCCAAACCAGUGCUUUUUCCCACAAUAUCUAUUACCAUACAUCCAAACACCCAUAUUUGUCUUGAAUGCAGCAUAUGAUACUUGGCAGUUUCAUAAUAUUUUGGUACCAGGAUCAGCUGAUCCUCAUGGUCAUUGGCAUUAUUGUAAGAUUAACCCAGUUAAGUGCACUUCAGCUCAAUUGGAGAUAUUGCAAGGAUAUAGGGUGGAGAUGCUUAAUGCAUUGGAAGUCUUUGAGGAAUCUAAAACAGGAGGCAUGUUUAUUAAUUCAUGCUUUGCACAUUGUCAAUCAGAGGAUCGAGACACAUGGUUUGCUUCUAACUCACCAAUGGUUAGUAACAAGACCAUUGCAGAGACUGUGGGAGAUUGGUAUUUUGAACGGAGGGCUGCAAAGGAAAUAGAUUGUCCCUAUCCAUGUGAUAAAACGUGUGUCAAUUUAAUUAACAACACUUCAUUACUAAACAUUCAUUGAACAGUCACCAAUAAUCUCUAUUACUCCUUGUCUAAGACAAGGCAGCUAAAUAAUUGUCUGUAUUGACAAAAUCUCAUAACAAUCAAUUAUUUUUUAAUAAUAAUCUAUUUAUUUAAAGAUAGAAGUUUCUUUUAA